CUUCGUCUCCCAUAGGUCCUUGCGAGUGGCUUGGUGUCAUCAGCCGGGUCGAGGUGGCGUGGGUUUCCUUUGCCUUUCCUUCUUGUGUAUCACUUGAGUUAAUUUUUUAUGAAGCAACGGAGUAACGUAUUGGUUGUGCCAAAAUGACGGAGCGUAAGGGAACUGCAAAGUUGGACUUUUUGAGAAAGAUUGAGCUCGAAAUCCAGGCUAAAUGGGAGAACGACAAAACCUUUGAGAGUGAUGCAGCGACAACAAUUGGGGAAAGUGCACACAAAAACAAGUAUUUUGUCACCUUUCCCUACCCUUACAUGAAUGGGAGGUUGCAUCUUGGUCACACAUUCAGCUUGUCAAAGUGUGAGUUUGCAGUUGGCUACCAGUCCUUGAAAGGGAAGAAAUGCCUUUUCCCAUUUGGUCUCCACUGCACAGGCAUGCCGAUCAAAGCCUGUGCAGACAAGCUCAAGCGGGAGAUGGAACUGUUCGGAAAUCCGCCACAGUUUCCGGAUGAGGAGGAAAAGGAGAAAGAAAAGCCAAAUACUUCUGAUGAAAUCAUCAUCAAGGACAAAGCCAAGGGAAAGAAGAGUAAAGCAGUGGCCAAAUCCGGGUCCGCCACCUUCCAGUGGAACAUCAUGAGGUCUCUUGGCCUAACAGACCACGACAUUACCAAGUUUGCCAAUGCCGAACACUGGCUGGAAUAUUUCCCACCUUUGGCAGUGAAAGAUCUCAAAAUGAUGGGCGUCAAGGUGGACUGGCGACGCUCGUUCAUCACUACAGACGUGAACCCUUUUUACGACUCUUUUGUCCGCUGGCAGUUUAUCACCCUGAAGGAGAGAAAAAAGAUUAAUUUUGGGAAAAGGUAUACCAUCUACUCCCCCAAGGAUGGACAACCAUGUAUGGACCAUGACAGGCAGACAGGAGAGGGAGUAGGACCUCAGGAGUACACACUCAUCAAGAUGAAAGUUGUGGAGCCGUACACGGCCAAAUUCAAGUCCAAGGUUUUUUACAGCAGCGCCAUAAAAGGCAAGAACAUCUACCUGGUGGCUGCAACCCUGAGGCCGGAGACCAUGUUCGGUCAAACCAACUGCUGGGUGAGACCCGAUAUGAACUACGUGGCCUUUGAGACCACCAGUGGGGACAUCUUCAUCUGUACCAGGAGGUCUGCCAGGAACAUGUCCUUCCAGGGCUUCACCAAGGAGAAUGGUGUAGUACCUGUCGUCAUGGAAAUGCUGGGACAGGAUAUCCUCGGCUGCGCCCUGAGCGCUCCCCUGACUUCCUACAAGAUCAUCUACGCUCUGCCCAUGCUCACCAUCAAAGAGGACAAAGGCACUGGGGUAGUUACCAGCGUGCCUUCCGACGCCCCCGAUGACAUCACUGCUCUCAGGGACAUCAAGAAAAAACAAGCCCUGAGGGAGAAGUACGGAAUUGAGGACAAGAUGGUGCUGCCUUUCGAGCCGAUUCCCAUUAUAGACAUUCCGGAAUAUGGGAACCUGUCUGCUCCACUGGUCUGUGAUGAGCUGAAGAUCCAAAGCCAGAAUGACAAGGAGAAGCUGGCCGAGGCUAAGGAGAAAGUCUACCUGAAGGGAUUCUAUGAAGGGAUCAUGUUGGUUGACGGCUACAAGGGGCAGAAGGUCCAGGACGUGAAGAAGCCUAUCCAGAAGAUGAUGGUAGAAAAGGGUGAGGCCUGCCUCUACAUGGAGCCAGAAAAACAGGUCAUGUCGCGUUCGGCUGACGAGUGCGUGGUGGCGCUCUGUGAUCAGUGGUAUUUGGACUAUGGUGAUGCUGAAUGGAAGCAGCAGGCCAAUGAAGUCCUCAAGUCUUUGGAGACAUUUUGUGAUGAGACCAGAAGAAACUUUGAGGCUAGUUUGGCAUGGCUACAGGAACAUGCCUGUUCUCGUACUUACGGGCUUGGAACACGGCUGCCUUGGGACGAGCAGUGGCUGAUUGAGUCCCUGUCGGACUCCACCAUCUACAUGGCCUACUACACCGUGGCCCACCUCCUCCAGGGAGGCGUGCUCAAUGGACAGGGGACCUCGCCGCUGGGCAUCAAACCACAUCAGAUGACCAAGGAGGUGUGGGACUUUAUAUUUUUCAAAACAUCCCCUUUCCCAAAGACUGACAUCCCAAAAGAGCACCUUCAGAGGCUCAGGAGGGAAUUUGAGUAUUGGUACCCGGUGGACGUUCGCGUGUCUGGCAAAGACCUGGUGCCCAAUCAUUUAUCUUACUACCUCUACAACCACGUGGCCAUGUGGCCCAACGACAGUGGGAAGUGGCCACAGGCUGUGCGAGCCAACGGGCAUCUGCUCCUCAAUUCUGAGAAGAUGUCCAAAUCAACCGGAAACUUCCUCACUCUCAGCCAAGCCAUCAAAAAGUUCUCAGCAGACGGCAUGCGUCUGGCUUUGGCCGACGCAGGAGACACAGUGGAGGAUGCGAACUUUGUGGAGACCAUGGCAGACGCCGGCAUCCUGCGCCUUUACACCUGGCUGGAGUGGGUGAAGGAGAUGAUAGCCAACAAGAACAACCUGAGGACCGGACCUGCCGACACCUUCAACGACCGUGUUUUUGCCAGCGAGAUGAAUUCUGGAAUUUUGAAGACGGAGCAGCACUAUGAGAGAAUGAUGUUCAAAGAGGCUUUGAAGUGCGGCUUCUUUGAGUUCCAGGCUGCCAAAGAUAAGUACAGGGAAUUGGCUAUUGAAGGCAUGCACAGAGAGCUGGUCUUCCAGUUCAUCGAGAGACAAACGCUGCUGCUGGCGCCCAUCUGUCCACACCUGUGCGAGUACACCUGGGGUCUGCUGGGCAAGCCUACUUCUGUGACAAAGGCAUCAUGGCCCAUCGCCGGUCCAGUGGAUGAAAUUCUCAUCCGCUCCUCUCAGUACCUAAUGGAGACAGCACACGACCUCCGACUGAGACUCAAAGCAUACAUGCUUCCCCCAAAGAAUAAGAAAUGUGACUCGAAGCCCCCCACCAAACCCUCACACUGCACCAUUUACGUGGCUAAGAGCUACCCGACAUGGCAACACAGCGCCUUAUCCCUGCUGGGCAAGCAUUACAAGAACAACGACGGCGUACUUCCAGACAACAAGGUGAUAGCGGGCGAGCUCGGAGCGCUACCCGAGCUGAAGAAGUACAUGAAGAGAGUCAUGCCAUUUGUGGCCAUGGUCAAGGAGAAGCUCGAAAAAAACGGGCCCAGGGUUUUGGACCUCGAGCUGGAGUUUGACGAGCGGGCAGUUCUGAUGGAGAACCUGGUCUACUUAACCAAUUCCCUUGAGUUGGAGCGGAUCGACAUCUUGUUUGCCUCCGAGGCCGACGACAAAGUGAAGGAAGACUGUUGCCCAGGGCAACCGUUCUGCGUGUUCAGAUCCGAGCCAGCAGUCUGCGUAACCCUGGUUAACCCUCAGCCGUGCAACGGCCUAUUCACGACCAAGCUCGACAUCAGACAGGGGGACAGCAGGGACCACGUCGUUCGUAGACUCGCCAAGGUCAACCGACUCAUCAAAGAUCUCUCCAAAGUGAAGCUGAUGAGGUACGAGGACCCCCUGCUGGGGCCCCGUCGGGUGCCCGUGCUGGGACAGGAGGAGCUGGGCAAAGUCAUCAUCUCGUCUCAGUCCGUGUUCAGCAUCAAUUUGGAUGAGAAGAAAGUCACUGUGGCUGACAACGGGCUCACUGUGGACAUCGGUGACACUCUGGCCUACCUGGUUUAAUUUAAAACACGCGCUCUAACACAGUCAUCAUGAUUUGAUAUCUGGAAAGUUCUUUUUAUUUACACACAAAAAAAAAAAAACAAAGAAGAAGCAUCCCCCCCCCAGUGUGAAACAACUUUUAUCAUCAAAAUCUAAGACGGAUCCUGUUGUUUUCAUACUGAUGGAAUCAUGUCUCCCGGCCUGUUUUGUUCAUCUAAAAUGAACCGUCCCUCCUUUUGUGUUUCAAUAGAUGCUGUUUGUCCAACAUGUUAUUUUUUUCCCCACCCCAGAGAAAUAAUAAAACCUGUGUAAUGAAA